AAUCUGUGAAGGGUGGACUAGCCAUGAUGUAAACUUAUUCAUCCAAAACCUAAAUCUUUAUCUCUCUCUCUCGAGAUUGAUAUAGAAAUGAUGCUUUCUUUUCACAUAUGGGUUUCCUUUACAUUUAGCUAUAACUUCAUGGGAGAAGGGAAAGGUGGGAAAGGUUUUAUAAAAAAGAGUGUUAUAAUUUUUUUUUUACCAGAAAAUUAAAUCUUUGUUAAAAGCAAAUAGACAAUAAAGAAAAGAGGAGAUUUUUCUGGGGUUUGGAGAAGAGAACAAAAGAAAAGACAGAAAGUGCAACGUCAGAGUUCAGCCUUAGGGUUCCCUUUGGUUUUGUGUGGUAUAUUGUUUUGGACUCCUUCUCGAUCACGCAGAGGAUAUACCCAAUCCUCAUCCACAUCUCUCUCUCUCUCUCUCUCUCUCUCUCUCUCAGUUUUCUGAACUGGUUUUCUCUUUCCCUCUUUUGUUUUUGUUCAUAUUCGUGUGGUUAUAGCCGUAUUUUCUUGGUAUAGGAAGCAGGUUUUAUUGAAAAAUCAAGAAAAAAGAAGUGGCUUAAGGAUCUUGAUUCAGUUCUUGUUAAUAGUCUUUUGUUCUCUCUCUCUCUCUCUCUCUCCUUGUUUCUUUUGAGUUAUCAAAAAAGCUAAAUUGUCUCUUUGGUUGAAGCCAAACAAAGAAGAAACUAUCAAGUUGAAUGAUAAGGGUUACUAGUUUUAAAGACUAGCUGCUGCUAUAUUCUAAGCAUUUGAGAAAUCAGUUUCAGCUUCUUUAUAUUUGGGGUUAUUUCUCUUUCCAGUUCUCCCUUAUUUUAGCUUUUUCUAGUUUGGAUUUUUCUCUUUUAUCUUGUAUUCUUUGUCUUUAGAUCUUUCAUACCAUUUUUUACAUAUUAAGAAUACCGGAAGAUCCAUGGCCCAUGAUGCAACCUUAAGCUUUCUAGAACUGCUUAUCUAAGAGAAGAAGAUGAUGAAAGGUUUGAUGUUUCAUCAGCAAAAUCAACCACAAGAGGAAAGCAUGUCUAAUUUGACUUCAGCUUCCGGCGAAGCAAGCGUUUCUUCAGGCAACAGAAAUGAAACUUGCACCAACUAUCCUCCUCAACAAUACGUCGCUCCUCCAGCUCCUCAAAUUCAACCUGUCAAGAAGAAGAGAAACCUGCCAGGAAAUCCAGACCCAGAUGCAGAAGUGAUAGCCUUAUCACCCAAGACUCUAAUGGCAACAAAUAGAUUUGUAUGUGAGAUCUGUAAUAAGGGAUUUCAAAGAGAUCAGAAUCUUCAGCUUCAUAGAAGAGGGCAUAAUCUGCCAUGGAAGCUGAAGCAAAGAACAAACAAGGAGGUAAGGAAGAAGGUGUAUGUCUGCCCAGAAUCUAGCUGCGUCCACCAUGACCCAUCAAGGGCUCUUGGUGACCUGACAGGAAUCAAGAAGCACUUUUUCAGAAAGCAUGGUGAGAAGAAGUGGAAAUGUGACAAGUGCUCAAAGAGGUACGCAGUUCAAUCAGAUUGGAAGGCUCACACCAAGACCUGCGGCACUAAGGAAUACAGAUGUGACUGUGGAACCCUUUUCUCAAGGAGGGACAGUUUCAUCACUCACAGAGCUUUCUGUGAUGCCUUAGCAGAGGAGAAUGGAAGAGCUAUCGUAGGCGCACCAAACUCAGUACUCCACUCCGCUCAGCCCGCUCCAGGUUCUUCAACUAGUCAUAAUAUAAAUCUCCAAAUGCCCCAAUUCAAUGCUACCAGUACUCAAGGCUUGCAUGCAUUUUCACUUAAAAAAGAGCUACAAAGUUUUAGUCUAAGGCCAGAGUUACCACCAUGGCUUGCUUGCCCUCCAGGACUAGGGGCUGGGGCUGGUCCUGGCCCACCACAUCAUUGGCAGAUACCCGUUGAUCAUCUCUCCUCCUCCUCAUCUUUGAUCCUUACCCAUCACCAAGAAUUGAGCCCAAACCCUAACCCUAGUCUUGGACCCGCUCUACCACAUUACCAUGCAGCUCCAUCCCCACACGUGUCAGCUACUGCAUUGCUGCAAAAAGCAACUCAGAUGGGCGCAACCAUAAGCGGUAAAACUGCCGGCUUGAUGAGACCCCACCACUACCAGCACGACGAACAAGCUCACGUGUCUUCCAAUUCUAGCAACAACAAUGCAAAUACAACUGGUUUUGGUCUGAAUUUGUCCUCACAUAAAGAGCUGCCAGGUGGCUGGUCAUUUGUUGAUGGCCUGCAGGCUCCUUUUGGGAAUAAAGCUGGACUUGCUGUUCCUUCUGGUUCUACUACUGCUGGUGCUAGUGGAGCACCCUCAGGUGCCCUUAUUCAAGAAAUGAUGAAUUCUCUAUCUUCUUCUUCUGGGUUUGAAGGGACUAACUCUUUCGAAGAUGCAUUUGUUAGCGGGGUUUUGAAUACUAAGAAAGGUGGGAACUUCCAUGACUCUCUCUCAAAAGCAACAACAAAUGAUAAUGGUGGUGGUAGUGGAGGAGGCGCUGGCGAGGGUUUGACUAGAGAUUUCUUGGGUCUUAGAGCUUUCUCUCAUAGUGAUAUACUGAGUAUGGCUGGUCUUGGCAAUUGCGUGAACGUUUCUUAUGAGCAACACAAGCAAUCACGUAGCCAUUCGUGAAGGAUAACAUUUGACGACUUGGGAGAAGGCGACGCAUAGAUUAAUGAGUCAAACUUAUAUAUUUAUAUAUAUAUAUAUAUAUAAUCAAAAGGUAAUUCCUCUAAGAGUCCACGUCCCAUAACCGAGACGAUUCAGUCACAUAUCGACCGAGAUGGUUAGGUUAGGUGAUAUUGAGUCAAACAUUACAUGAUUUAGACAAAAAGAGUUUGCAUUUUGUAUUUAAUAGGGAAUGACACUGGUAAUAUUUUCCUUA